AUGGAUCAACCGUCAUUUGAGAGCAUCAACGAUUUCCUCCUUCAACAGGACAACUUUCCUUGGCCUCCACGAUCAACCGAGUCGCAGCAUUCGAUCCCUGCUAGUCAUGCUACAGCCCCCAUUUCUUUAAUUCCACUUCAGCAGCAACCUUAUGCACCCGCUCAAGAUCCCUCCUUCAACCUACCGCCUCAAGACUUUCUUAUGCUCAACGGCGUCACUGCACCACCAACAUCAUCUGAUCAGCUCUAUCCAACGACACAAGAACAACAGCAGCCAACACGCGUACGUAAGAAACCAGGCCGUAAACCCAAUCCUGCAACACCCUUUUUACGCAAGGCACAAAAUCGAGCAGCACAACGAGCGUUUCGUGAGCGUAAAGAGCAACAUUUGCGAGAGCUUGAAGAGACCAUUCAAACGAUGCGUAAAGAGCGAAAGGCGAUGAUGAAGGAAUUGAAUGAGACAUCCAAGGAAGCCAAGCAGUACAAGGCAGAGGCGUGCUUUUUGCGUAGUUUGUUGCUUACCAUGCAACUCACAUGCUUGCACAACAAGAUCGACAUUCCCGAACACGGGCCGUUUUUUACCCAGCAAACGAUCAGCGAAAUUGAAUGCACCGUUCCCUUUGCUAUCCCAGUGUACAGGAAUGCUAUCAAGAUGUAUGAAGAUACCAUGGGACAACUUGUUGCUGAUGCUACAGGUGGUGCUUUCAAUCCACGUGCAAACAAGCGUGAUGCAGUGCGUUGGGAGGAUAAUGUCCUUGCUCGAGAUGAGGAUGACGACAACAAAGAUGAAGAACAACAACAUGACAACGCGACGCCUAAUACAACGAGUGGUAGCGAUGAUGAUAAUAAGCCAUCUGGGUCACAGCAACAACAUGAUGAUGAUGGUGAUACAUCAAUGACUAUGGAUGAUUCUGGAAAUGAAGAUUCUUCUUCAACAUCAGCACCUGCCAACAAAGACGCCAUUCAUCAACUUGGUAUCCAAUUGCGUAUACAAUCCAAACUCAUGUCACUUGGCCCAAUGACUUCAGGACUCCAUCCAAGCUAUCUUCAGCUCACUGUUCCACACGAUCCAAGAAUUGAUUUGAUACCCAAUCCUAUGAUGCGUGAUCGAAUGAUUAUUUAUCGUGAUCUUAUCGACUAUGAUCGAUGCUUUGCAUUGCUUCUGAAUGGCUCUCUUUUCCAUGGUGGUGAUCCAACCAAUCCAAUGAAUUGGGAACUGCCUUUGGAUUUUGUCAAUGAAUUUUGGUUCAUGUGCUCCCUCUAUCGAUCUCGAAACAUGCACACGUUUUUGACCCUUCAAGCUUCCUCUGGGGUGGAUCAUGAACGUCGAUUUGGUCUUCGAUUGGAAUAUGGCAAUAAGAAUGAUGGCAAUGACUUGCUGGACGAGUUUUUGGAUAUGCAAUCUCAACAAAUGGAGUUACGGUCAAAUGAUCCUGACAGACCCCGCUUGCCUCAAUAUCUCUAUGAGAGUUUCCGAUCCCCUCCCUCUCUCAGGAACCCCGUGGAAAAUGCUACCCUGGAUGAUAUGAUGGAAUUGUUCAACUUGUCACAGGUAUUGAAACUUUGA